CGACGACAUCCUUUGCAGCAGCAGUAUCAGUCCAUCUCACCGUUGGACCCAACCUCCCUCGCACCUCUCAGCAUGGCUCGGCUACGUCUACCGCAGCUGCUGGGCAUCGCCAUCCUCGGCUGCCUCGCCCUCCUCACAUCCACUUUCGCCCUGACAGAAGAGGCCGCGUUUUCCUUUGACGCCUACCUCCCCAGGCAGGGAACCCCCCUCGUGUCCCGCUUUCCCUCCCUUUCCAUCAACCCUCGCUACCACCGCAUCCUGUCCCACCUGUCGGGAGAGGUGGAGACCGGCAAGGCUCAGACUGCCCUCUUCUCCGUAAGCGAUCGAGGCGUGGUAGCAGCUCGCAACCCGCGCAAUGGUGCCCUCGUAUGGAGGCAGCAGAUCAGCGAAGAGGUGCAGGGCUUCUGGCUCGACGGUGAAGUGGCCAUUGUCAUCAGUGGCCAGGGUGGGGAAAAGGCGCAAGCAUUCCACGCCCUCACCGGAUGGCCAUUGUGGACCAAGCAACUCCUCCCACCGGGCGCUGGCAGGCAGGUCAAUGAUGAGGUGGGAGGGCCCACGCAGCGGCACCACAGCCUCAAGGCGGCAGCUACGCAGCGCGAAAUUCUCCCAGGCGUAGAUACCGUAUUUGUACCCAUCCCUGAGAGCUCUUCCUGGGAACCAGUAGUGCUCAACAAUGGCGACACGGUAAGGAAGAUCGAAUUCGACUCCGGAAAGGAGCUCUGGAAGUUCAGCAGGAGAGACAACGGAGAGGACAGCGCUUCUUCCCCCUCCAUUCGCAUUCUGGCCACAUCCAACCUCUACGUCCAUGUGCUAUCCCUCGUGCCCGGCAAGGACGCUACCUUCGGUCUGAAGCACCAGGUGUUGUCGGCCCAUAGCGGUAGCCUCCUCUACCAAACAGAUCUUCCCGACGUCUCCAUCUCUCGGGAACGCGGAGCAGCCGAUGUCAUUGGGCUAUCUCUCAACCCUCCCUUUGCGGCAACCGAAGGCAACACCUCCCCUCCCGAGCCCCACGUUGUCUGGCUGCAGACGGAUGGCUCCGUUCGCUCUUUGCCUCUGGCUCUACCACCGCUGGAGAAGUCGGCCUCUUUCAAGCCCAAGAAGGUGUCCCCGCAAAUUCUCCGCUCACGCUUGGAUGAAGCUCCUUUCACCGAGCUACGCGACGUUGCCCUUCCUGAUCGAGGGUUCGCCAUUGCUAUCCGCAAAGACUCAAAGGCGGAAGUCAUUCGCCUGCGCCCAGGCGAGAAAGGUGGUAGCCGAACACUCACCAGCGCCUGGGAAUUCGAUGACGCCUCCCCGGACGCCAUCUACGCUGGACACAUCAAUGUCCAUACUAGCGCUGCUUACAUCAACCGAGUCUUCUUCCAGAGAAGUCAACAUCUCCUCAAUUUCCACAACUACUGGACAGACGCAUAUGAUGGCUCAGGUCAAGUCACUGGCUUCUCCUUCAGAUGGGAUCAUGACAAGCAUGGAGAUGUCCUCGCCGCACCGUUCGAGGCGAACCAAGUUUCGUCCUACGCUCUCCUGACUCGAAGUGCCUUCGUCACCUCUAGUGGAUCCUUCCAGAUGAUCCAAGAGGACCGUCACCAGUGGAUCAACGAAGAAGGACUCAUUGAGACCAGUCAUGUGGCCUUUGUCGACCUGCCUCGACGCUCGCGCGCUUCUGGGUCAAAUGUGACUUCGGAUGACGCCUUGCGACUUCUGCAACGGGAGGGACCGAUCGGUCGAAUCGUUCGUCACGUCACAGCUCUCGCAGACUUUCCCUCGGCUGUCAUGGCCACACUGGAAGGCAUCGUGUCUACCGCAACUUCACGUGGUGGUAUCGCUGCCGGCCAAGCCGCUUCUCGCGCGUACGACGAUCUACCUCUGCCGCCUCUCAUCGCCGGUGAGCCUGCUCACGAGAUUAGGCCAGCUGCCAAGAAGGCAGGAUCUCAGCGUCAUCGUGAAAUGAAGAAAGAGAGAACCAAAGGGGGCAAGAAGACCAAGACGACUGUGCCCGAGGAAGAAGAGGCGCCAGCAAUCGACUCGGUCGCUCCUCGUACCUUGAACAGCACGACGGUCGCGCCAUACUACUCUGAUAAGUGGGGUGUGAGGCAGCUCAUGAUCUCUGCUACUGCCAGGGGCAAGCUCUAUGCUCAGGAUACGGGCAUGAAGGUGCAGUACGUCUGGGAAUCAUCCCUAGUUGGAUUUGGCCAAGGCGAGGGCGACGCAAGCCCUGUCGUCGACGUCAAGUACAUGGAUGUCGUUCGUGAGGCCCAGGCGGGCCCAGGCGGAUCGCAUCAAGACCCUCUGAUGUACAUUGUCGCCGAGGUGACUGAGCCCGGAGCCCCCAAGGCAACUGUGGUAUGGGAGCUGAAUCCCAUCACGGGAGAGUUCGUCGACGGUGCUAUGACUGGCAAGCCGCUAACCCUUGGCGGUGUCGCAGAAGUGAGGAAGCUGCCGGGACGGAGCGUUCUAGUGGUCUUCACUUCGGACAAGCGCGUACUCUUCUGGCCCCGCACUGCAGACGCUACUCAAUCCGUUGCAUCUGAGAAGGCUUUCCGCUUCACCGAGGUGAGCAAUGACAAGAAGAGCUUGAUUGGGUACACGACGACGCCUGCGAGUACCUCGAAGCUUGUCGAGUCUUGGUCAUUCUCUCUCCCGGCAGGAGAGAAGAUCAUCUCGACGCAUCAAAACUCUGCUUUGACCGGUGCACCGGUUGCUUCGCUGGGCCGAUCCAUCAACGAUUGGUUCCUCUCCAAGUUGCCCAAGCUCCUCGACCCCGACGUGAUCGUCGUCGUGGCCCACUCGGAUAUGGAGAAGAAGCUCACCGUGCACCUGGUUGAUCAGAUUACGGGUAACGUCCUGUCGUCACUCUCUGCUCCCGAUGCCGGCCAGAUCGACAUCAGCCAAGGCGCGCACGUGGCCUACGUCGAGAAUUGGCUCACCCUCGGAUACACGGUGCGCAAUGCGGAGGAAGGCAUUGGCAGUCGCCUCUUCAGCAUCGAGUACUACGACUUUGAGGCGGACCUGGAUCGCUCUCUCUCCAACUGGUUCUUGAAGUCACUCACGCGUCGUGCUGACAUCAACUCAAAGGAUGCAAAGGCUCGAGGAAAGGCGACGACGACGAGGUCGAAGCAGGUGCGGACCUUUUCGAAGAUUUUCAGUGGACCUUCGGACUGGGAAGGCAUUAAGAGCUUGGGCUUCACAGAGACGCUGUACAAUGCAGCCGAUCGAGCCCUGCUGGUUCUGAGCGGAAAUGGUGAGGUGUAUGCCUUGACUAGGAAGCUCCUGGAUCCUAGGAGACCCUACCCCAAGGGUUCUCCCGCCCUGGCUGGAGGCAAGCAGGACAGAACGCAAGCGGACAGCCUGCUCCCGCCCUAUGAUCCUCUACUGCUCUUUGACGAGAAGCGCACCCUCACCCAUGGCAUCAGCCUCUUUUCUCCUCCCUUUCCCCACCCAUCACCACCACCCAAGCUCAUCUCCCGUCGUACCAAGCUCGAGUCUACCACCCUGGUGGCACUGGUGGGCUCGACGGACUUCUUCUUGACCAAGUUGAGCACGGCGGGAAUGGACUUUGAUCGACUUAGUCCGACUUUCAACAAGAUGCAGCUGGUGGGGACGACUGGCAUCCUGGCAUUGGGGAUCCUGGUCAGUAGACCGUUGCUGAAAGGCAAGGCGCUGCGUGCGAGAUGGAUCUGAGCGGGGGUCGUGGAAGAGAAUUUGCCAAAAUGGGGAUCGUCUGGGGAGUGCGGAAAGAUGAGAAGUGUGGAUAGAUAGAUUGCAACACAAUUGUGAAAAUGCAUCGAAUGCUGAUUAGAAGGAAGGGCCAUGUACAUCCAGUGACUAUCGUAGCGUACCAUUGACGUUUAAAGAUGUAGCUGUUCUGCCUGUUAUCAUCGUCAACGACCUCGUUGCGGUGCUUGUGUCUGUACAAUCACAAGCAUUCCUUCCG